AUGUCGGAAGAACAGGCGAGUGCCUACAAAUUCAAGGAGGGAGCAAACGGAAGAACGAUUGUGAUUGAAUUAAACAGUCCUGAAGGAUUGAUUCAAGAGGAUAUUGAUGUGGCAUUGGAGAAGAAAAAGAUUGUAGUGGUGAUUCGAAAACCAGAAGAGCCCGAACAAAUCUUACUAGAGGGAGAGCUAUUACAUGAAGUGGAUCCAUCGUCAUUGGAUUGGAAUUUGGCCUCUGACAUCAUUACCAUUGAGGUCAAGAAAGCCAAUCCGGAGACAAAAUGGACAUCUUUAUUUGUGAUCGUUAUUGAAAUUCCUCACAUUUUCAAACUAGCAGAGGAAAAUAAGGUCAAUGAAAUUAUUAAAAUUCUCAAAGAAACCAAAAAACGAGAAGACGGAGAAGACGGGGAUACAGGAGAUGGAGAUGACAAACCUCUGACAAGUCAGGAACUUCUCUCAAUGAAGCAUCCUAUUCACCGUUACUCAUUAAUGGGAUGGGCCACGAUGAAUAGAAAAUAUCCAAUCAUAGAAUAUUUAUUGAGGGCAUACGGUCCCAAACGUGUAGCAAAUCUACCAAACGAGCAAGAUUUAGAAAUUCUAAAGGAAUGGCAAAAAGAGAAACGAAGACUUGCUGCUCUCGAAAAAAAGAAGAAUGAGCCAAAAACAAAUUCCGAUGAAGAGGAAGAAAUCUUGGAAGAAAAGGACUUUGCUUCAACUCUACUUGAAAAGUUCGAAAAAUACAACAUUGAAACUAUCAAACAAAUCGGGGAGUUUGGAAUUUAUGAGGGUGACACGAGCGACUUUGAAAUUCCAGUAGAACUACCACCAAUAACAGAAGAGCCACCACAGACGGAUAUUUCAGAAUCAAAAGAGAACCCAUUAAACGAGAACCCAGCACAAGAAAAGGAAUUGGACAAUAAGGAAAAACUGGACGAAGAAGGUCAAGAUGACCAGCAAGAAACCACUGAGGAGCAGCCAGAAGAAGGAGAAGAAAAUGAUCGAGAAGAGGAAGAAGAGCAACAAAAAAGAGGAGACACAAAAGGAGCCUUCAAAACAGCAAACAACACCAAAGGUUGUUGA